CAUGGCACACACGCAUAUGUAACGCUGUUGGCUGGUCGAGUUUUUAGGACCGGAAACGAUGGGUGUGUAUCCGGAGUAGCUAGAUAUUCAAAAUCGAAAGACUGGUGAUUAUGGAGCUGCGGCCGUUGGUCAUGUGCUUUGCGCUGUGCGUGGUCUAUGCCUUUAGUAAACCCACCAUCGAGAAAAAGGACCGCGUCCACCAUGACGACCCGCUWAGCAACCGUGACCAUGAAGAUGAAGAGAACUUUGAUUACGACCACGAGGCGUUUCUAGGACAGGACGAGUCCAAGACCUUCGAUCAGCUCACACCAGAAGAGAGCAAGGAGAGACUUGGUAUGUUGGUAGAGCGUAUAGAUGAGGACAAGGAUGGCUAUGUGUCAGUGGAGGAGAUGAAAAAGUGGAUCAAACACAGUCAAAAGAGGUGGAUCUAUGACGACGUGGACCGCCAGUGGAAAGGUCAUGACCAUAACGGMGAUGGACUGGUGUCCUGGGAGGAGUACAAGAAUGCUACAUAUGGAUACAUACUGGAUGAUCCAGACCCAGAGGAUGGCUUCAGCUACAGGCAGAUGAUUUCACGCGAUGAGAGGAGAUUCAAAAUGUCUGACCUGGAUGCUGACCUGAAGGCCAAUAAAGAGGAGUUUACAGCCUUCCUCCAUCCUGAGGAGUACGACCAUAUGAAGGAUAUAGUUGUGCUGGAGACCAUGGAGGACAUCGAUAAGAACGGAGACGGCUUCAUAGACCUGGAGGAGUACAUAGGUGACAUGUAUAACCAAGAGGGGGAUCCGUCAGAGCCGGAGUGGGUGAGGACAGAGAGAGAACAGUUUACUGAGUUCAGAGACACGAACAAAGAUGGCCGCAUGGACAAGGAGGAGACCAAAGACUGGAUCCUGCCUUCAGACUAUGACCACGCAGAGGCAGAAGCCAAACACCUGGUCUACGAGUCAGAUAAUGACAAGGAUGGCAAACUGACUAAGGCAGAGAUCGUUGAGAAGUAUGACCUCUUUGUUGGUAGCCAGGCUACUGACUUUGGAGAAGCCUUGGCAAGACACGAUGAAUUCUAACCCUUCCACUUCCCAUGCUGGGUUGGGCUCAAUUACAAUUCAAGUCAUGGAAUUGAAAUCCCAAUUUAAAAGCAGCGCACUAUAUGGAGUGACAUUUGAGAUGGAGUUUUUCACUCUGAUGCCAAGGACAAUUUAUUUGAUUUCCUGGCCUAUUAUACACACUAGUGAAUGCAUUACUUUGUACUAAGUAGUACACGAUCAGGACACCACCUUGUUCCAGCUCUGCCUCCACCACCCUCUCGGACAAUGGAAAGGAUAUUUCCUUUGGCUUGUCUUUUUGUUUUGCAGAGCAACUUUGUUAUUAAAAAAAAAAAAAAAAAAAGAUUUAUAGAAUACAGUAGUGUUUGUUCAAACAAGGUUACAAAAACAAUCUAUCAUGCAUGUAAUUAAGUGCCGAACUGCGUGUUGGGUUCAAUUUAGGAAGUGAAAUGUAAUAGAAAACAAACUGAAUUGAUCUCAACCCUGGUGUGUGUAUAGCCUUGUGUGUAUUCUGCUAUGCGUUGGACUAUGAAGGGGCGCUAUAACACGGGUGGGCCACUCUAUGGGCUACCACCACAAACUGCUCUUUGAGUUGAUAAACAUACCACCAAUGUGGCCAAUCCUCCCAGGGUUAGUGGUUGUAGCCCAAGGAGUGGGCCUGAAUCUUCAUGCAUCGGCCAAUAGUGGUUCUCGGUGACCCCUGUGUGUCCCUUGGUAAUGGUUAAUUAGGGGUUAGAUCAGUGUUUCUCAACUUUAGUCCGAGAACCCCCUGGGUCAUACAUCUCUGAUCUAGUCCCUGUAUUAGCACAACAUAUUCAUAGCCCUGUGCUAGUACAGGGCUGGAACAUCCUGUUUUAUUUUGGAAUCUGCUUAAUUCUAUGCUGUGCCACACUACACACAUAUUACACUAUGUUUGGAGGAUUAUUAAAGUCAGAUUUCCCUCAGGCUUCUUUAGUUAUUGUUGUCAUAACUGUAUAAUGCCCCUCACUUACUGUAUGACCAUCUAUAACCACUGUUAUUGGUCUGGUUCAACUUCACUUAAACCCUUUGUUAUAAGGGCUGGUUAACACUGCCAUAACAAUGUCAGGACUGUUGGUUUAUAAUCAGUUGUGCUAAAUUGACACCGUAUGAUUGUUUAUGACAUGUUAUGUAGCCCGUAUGACAGAGGGUUCUAGUAAAGUGUUUGCGUCGUCUUAUAUAAUGUAUAUGAUAUAGCUGUUUUUUUACACACAAUGCAGCGCCGUGACUGGUGACUGCCCUGUACAUACAUUGUCACCUGUUGCUUUGUCGACAGUGUGUGUGCUGUUACCAAUCAUAUGCAGAAGAGUUUUUCUGAUUAAAAGGAUGUUGCGGAGUA